UCUGCCCCCGCCCCCAAUCUAGCCCAGGCGUCAGUGAUGGAGGCCCUGGGAGGCCGCGGCCCGGGCAGCAGGGCUGGGCACGGAGCCCCGGCCGCGUCAUGAGAGAUGGGGAGACUGAGGCACAGAAAUGAAAUGAAUUGCCAAGGGACACAGAGACAUAGCAGUGAGACAAAAGAAUCUGGACCAGAGAAAGAUCAAUUCAACGCCAUGCAAUCAAAUUACACUCAUCUCCACAAUGCCCCAGGAAGUGGUGAUGUUCCCUCGUCUUCUCAGAGUGCCCAUACAGCAGGGCUGCCAGGAGAAGGCUCUUGCCACCGUACUGGAGAUGUUCACAUCCAGCUAAGUUCUGCCUUGGGAGAAUCUGGGGAAAACCCCAGUUUCAGGCACAUACGAUCAGGUUCCCAGGGCCGUUCACAUGGCCACUCCCACAAUGAAGCGAGGGGGUCUGAAGAUUCCACCUUAGAUUCAGAGGAACACAGUGGCAGCUCCAUCUCUGAACUCCGAUAUCUCCUCCAGUGGCUGCACAAAAGUCUUCCAUACAUCUUGAUUCUGUGUAUCAAACUGACCAUGCAACAUAUAAUCGGCAUUUCUCUUGGAAUUGGGCUGCUAACAACUUUUAUGUAUGCAAACAAAAGCAUUGUAAAUCAGGUUUUUCUAAGAGAAAGGUGCUCCAAGUUGCAAUGUGCUUGGGUACUGAUAUUCCUAACCGGGUCAUCUCUCCUCUUGUAUUAUACCUUUCACUCUCAGUCACUUUAUUACAGCUUAAUCUUUUUAAAACCUACUGUGGAUUUUAUGAACUUCUGGGAGGUACUUUGGAUCGUGGGAAUCACAGACUUUAUUCUGAAAUUCCUCUUCAUGGGCUUCAAAUGCUUUAUUCUCUUGGUGCCUUCUUUUAUGAUGUCUUUUAAAUCCAAGGGCUACUGGUAUAUGCUGUUAGAAGAAUUCUGCCAGUAUUACCGUACAUUCGUCCCCAUACCAAUUUGGUUUCGUUAUCUUAUUGGCUAUAGGGAGCUGGACAAUGUACUGGGGUGGAGUCUUGGAGUAUUGCUAGGUCUGAUCUACUUCAUCCUAAAACUUUUGAGCCUUUUUGGACAUCUGAGAAACUUUAGAAAGGUUUUGCGUAUAUUUUGUACACGACCACACUAUGGGGUGACAGCUAGCAAGAGACAGUGUUCUGAAGCAGAUGAUAUUUGUUCAAUAUGCCAAGCUGAAUUUCAAAAGCCUAUUCUUCUAAUCUGCCAGCACAUAUUUUGUGAAGAAUGCAUCUCUUUAUGGUUCAAUAGAGAGAAAACAUGUCCACUCUGCAGAACUGUUAUUUCAGACCACGUUAACAAAUGGAAGGAUGGAGCCACUUCUAUGCAUCUACAGAUUUAUUAAAACAUGUCAUACUUUUACUUUUUUUUUUUUUUUUUUACAGUGUACAUUCAUUUGAAUAAAUGUUUUGCAGUUUAAUGUGGAUACUACUGUGGUUGGUAAAGGGUGUGUGUUUAAGAUUAGCAAAGGACUAUCUAAGAUCCUCAAGUACUUCUAUCAAAUGUUCUAAAAUUUGAGUUUAUUAAAACAUAGCAUAAAUUGAAAACUGCCUUUUCAUAGAUUAAAAAAAUCUUAAAUUUUAGAAUUAAUGUUCAAAAUCUAACACUAUAUUGAUAUUUCAUAAUAUUUCAGAGAAAUGGUCAAAUAUUUGAAAAUGCUGCACUGUUACUUAGAGCAACUGCUUCACUCAUUGUUUUACAUGAACAUCUACAAUAGUUUGCAGUGUUCCAAAUUGCAUUUAUUCUUGUAUGACUUUUACCAAACACAGCAGCUAGAGAUGUGGGCUAUGAUCUUGGGAUGCCAAGCACCAACAACUCCUAUGGACUUGAGUGGGAGUUGCAGAGCUACUCAUCACACUCAAAGAGUAGGCCUUUUAAUGCUGAACCUGAUAGUUCAGAGAAAUGAGCCCUCUUUUUUUCCAUGUUAGACCUAUGUCAUUAACUGUUUUUCAUUACAUUUUGAGGAAUAUCAUAUAAGAAUUUCCCCACUUAGGUCCAUUGCAGAUCUAUAGGAAUUGUUCUCCAUCUUAUGCUUACCAUAUAAAUUACCCAACCACCGCUGGAAGUUUUUUACUUAAUAUUUUAUGAAGUUUGUAUUUUCAAAGCAAAUCUUAAUACUAUAUUUUUGUCAAAUAUCAGGUAACCAAAUUUUCUUAAAGGGGAGAAUCUAUUUUAUAUUAUAUAUACGAUUUGUAGUGUGCAUAGAAUAUAGAGAAUAAAUGCAGUUUAAAUUC